AUGAGCGGGCAGAUUUCCAUCCACGCAGGCAGCCAGCCUGUCCAGGCCAAGGCUCAGAAUUUCUACUUUCACGUUGGAGAUCACAAGGUGAGGAUGACGGAGGUGAAGACAGAGCUGGAGAAGGGCUUCGAUGUGUACAUUCCUGAGACCAGUGUUGAGGAAGUCUGGGAGGUGAUGGCGUCUGCGUGCACUGACCUAGCAGAGUUUCCUGAGCUCCGUGAUGUCAUUCUCGCCGUGAGCGGCGCGUGCAGGAGGCACAAAGCCUCGCAGUUCCUGAUGUCUCAACUCCGCAUGAGCGGGCAGAUUUCCAUCCACGCAGGCAGCCAGCCUGUCCAGGCCAAGGCUCAGAAUUUCUACCUCCAUGUUGGAGAUCGUAAGGUGAGGAUGACGGAGGUGAAGACAGAGCUGGAGAAGGGCUUCGAUGUGUACAUUCCUGAGACCAGUGUUGAGGAAGUCUUGGAUGUGAUGGCGUCAGCGUGCACUGACCUAGCAGAGUUGCCUGAGCUCUGUGAUGUCAUUCUCGCCGUGAGCGGCGCGUGCAGGAGGCACAAAGCCUCGCAGUUCCUGAUGUCUCAACUCCGCAUGAGCGGGCAGAUUUCCAUCCACGCAGGCAGCCAGCCUGUCCAGGCCAAGGCUCAGAAUUUCUACUUUCACGCUGGAGAUCACAAGGUGAGGAUGACGGAGGUGAAGACAGAGCUGGGGAAGG